CAAUCGUUCUCCAGUUGGUUGUACUCGUGCACGUAUAUUAUACAACUAGAAGAUACAUCAAGAUGCGGUAUAUGUUGGUGGCCGCAACUCUGGUUCUUGUUAUUGUUAUCAUGGUUGUUGAUGUGGAUGGUAAAAAGGCGGCAGGGAAACGGAUAAAUUGCAACAAAAUUAGACGAUUAGAGGCGUGCAACAUAUGCUGUUCUCUUGAUGGUAAUUGGGGCCCAUGGUCUGAGUUUAAUUCAUGCUCUGUAACAUGUGGUGAGGGAACACAGAGCAGAUCUAGAUCUUGUGAUAAUCCUCCUCCAGCUUAUGAUGGAGCUGAUUGUAAUGGUGAUGGUACUGAAACAAGAAGCUGUAACACGAUUGAAUGUCCUGUUGACGGUAAUUGGGGAACAUGGUCUGAGUUUAGUAUGUGUUGUUCUGUAACAUGUGGUGUUAUUGAACAGAAGAGGAGUAGAGUAUGUGACAACCCUCCUCCGGGGCUUGGUGGAGCCGACUGCCCUGGUGAUUCUGAGGAAACAAGGUCUUGUGACAGUACUGAUUGCUUGGAUACUGCACCAAGUCCUCUAUGUGAAGACCAGUCAUUUGACGUCAUGGGUCUUGUUGACGUUUCUAGCCUUAUAACGGAUGAUGAGAUUGCGCAGGAAAGGGAUUUAAUACAGAAGCUUUAUACUGAAUUGAGAAUUGAUGGCAACCUUAGGCGGUUCGGAUUCAUCGCCCAUGGUGGUUUUGCCCCUUCUGAUUUAAAUCGCCUGAUGUUAGGAGUUGACGACACCACAACACAGCAGUCUCGCAUCGGUGGUAUUUCUAAAAUACCCGGCCCACCACGUCUUAAUGUGGCAGUAGACGAAUUAGUGAGUAAUUUGAGAAGGUUCGGAAGAACGGGUAUUCGACAAAUUGGUAUCGUGAUAGAAGCUUACGAGUCCUCCACAAUAAGCCAAGUCGCCAGUUACGCCAACACGGCGACGGUUGAGGAUAUAGCUUUGUACGCUAUUGGUAUUGGUACUCGAGUAAGUGAGGAAUUUGUACAGGCAAUUGCCUCCAAUCCAUCAGGAGCCAUUACCAUGACAUCCAAUCAACUGGAAGAAACAGCUACCCGAUUAGAACAGCUGAUCUGCUUGUGUGAUAAAUAAAGGAAUGGGAUAUA